AUGCCUGAAAAACUACCCUUUAUAGUCACCGACGGCUCGUUUUCGCGCGCGCGCCCGACAUAAAAGUCACAGAGAUUCAAAAUAUGUCCGACUACGAUAGAAUUCAAAAUUUUUUUGAAAUCGAAAUUUAGUGAAAACGAAAGAAAUUAUCUGAAAUUUCUCAAGUUUGUUAUUGUUUUGUUUCUAAGGAGAUGAAGAGCGAGUGGAUUACAUGUGAUUGUGCCACGCGCUGCUCGAAUUGCACAAACUAAAUAUGACGUUUUCUGCCCCUCCUCCAAUCCCGAUUUUGAAAAAAAAACUGAUUUCAGCCGGACCGAUCACUGGAAGAUGUUUUAUACGGUGACCUAGGAGAUGAGUACAGUCAGUGGAAUGUUCCCAAUUAAAAAUUACGAAAUAUUGUUGCAGGAGUGGAAAGUGACGAGCUGUCAGAGGAACGAUUUAAGUCUUUGAUGGAACAGCUGGAGAACUUCAAGAAAACGAAUCAUCACGUGGCUGAGCUGCUCAGUGAAGCAGAAUCGGCCAACGGAAGACUUGCAACUCAGGUCGGAGAGCAGAAACGAAAUUUUAGAAAUGACUAUUAAUUGCAGAACUCUCUUUUGAAAGAGGAGAUCCGACGAUUGGAACGAGAAGAAAAGCGAGAAGCGGAGCUGUCAAACGAGAAGAAUAUGGAAUACUUGAAGAAUGUAUUCGUGCAGUUUCUCAAGCCAGAGAGUGUUCCAGCUGAAAGAGAUCAACUGGUCGUUGUUCUCCAGAGAGUGCUUCAUUUAUCCCCGAAGGAAGUCGAGAUUCUGAAGGCUGCAUCAGGUAAAAAAGAAAAGGAAGCAAAAGAAAUGUAGUGGUGUUGAUAAAGAAUGUAGUCUCUGCAAAAAAUUGCUGGUCGGCGACAACAGCAACAAAAACAUCAGACCGCCCGCCCAUCUUGCGUCAUAAAAAAUUCGUUUUCAGCUCACAUGGCGACUGCUCAAGCUGCUUCUUGGUCGGCAUAUUUCUCUGGAUGGUCUGGAACUGCCUAAAUGUUUCCUUCCUUUGUACAUUCCUCUCUUAUUUAUUGCAUGAUUACCGGGUUUUCUUCAUUUUCUUGUGUGUGUGUGUGUGAUAACUCAUUUCCUUUCAUGAUACUAGUGUCUUUUUGUGUGCGUGCCUACUCUUUCCACUUUUCACUUACCAAUAAACGCGUUUAUUUAGUGAACCCAUUUGAACGACAAUGCGUUUCCACAUCGCGCAAAAACUACUUGUUCUAGAAUAUGUAUUGUUUCAGCUUCUUAUCGUUCCUCGUUAAAGAUAACACAAAAAUGGAAGAGCCAGCAACCAGCGCGUUGAAGUUGUCCGAAGAGGUGAUGACGGAAAUCCAGGACAUGUGCAUCACCGAGUACUGCAGACCAAACAUGAGCUUGAUCGCCCAAAUCAAUGAGCUUUUUCCGACGGAGCAGUCGCUGACCCAGUUGGACUCUGUCAUUGCCGCCGUCGAAGGCGAAAUCAGCGAAUUAGACAACGAGUUGGCUUAUCUCGUGGAGACAAACGCGAACGUCAGCGAGAGAGGCGAGGAAGCUCUAAAAUUGGCACAAGAUGCGAUGGUAGAACUAGAAAAGAGCAUUGGGAGCAUAAGGGAACGAACGAAGUCGUCGGAUGAGAUCGUUCGAGAAAUGACUCGAGAUAUCAAGCAGCUGGACGUAGCGAAACGGAACCUGACUGCCUCCAUCACGACUCUCCAUCACUUGCACAUUCUGCUGACCGGAGUGGAAUCCCUCGGCGCCUGGGUUGACAAGAAGGAUUACAGUUCGAUCGCACGACAACUUCCCGCUAUUCUGAAUGUUCUGCAAUUGUUCGACGGCUACAAAGAGUCGGAACAGAUUGCGAAUCUGUCACAACAGUUGGACAAACUGAAAGCGAGCUUGACGAUUCAAUUGGCGAAGGAUUUGAAGAAUGCGUUCCAGACAGGACAACUCAGCGAACGAGUGACCGACAUGUGCCGAGUGGCCGCUGCUCUGGAGGGGAAUGUACAAGAGAACUUUGUGAAGUGGUUCAUUGAACAGCAACUGAGCGACUAUGUGAUAAUCUACGCGGACAACGAGGAAGGCGCGUGGCUGGAUAAAGUGGACGACCGUUACAAAUGGUUUGUACGGAAGUUGACUGACUUCGAAAGAGCCGGUCUAUCGAAGAUAUUCCCGGCGGAUUGGCACAUGGGAAGGCGGCUGACGAGCGAGUUCUGCACGUUUACCAGAGACAUUUUGUAUCGGAUGAUGACGCGAAGACGGCAGGAUCUGGAUUGGAAGCUUCUCGGCCACGCAAUCCAGCAUACGAAAAUGUUCGAAGCACUGCUCACCAAGCGGUUCCCAGAGAAAGACGGAAUCACAUUCGAAAAGGCGAUCUGGAGUGUCUUCGAUCCGUUCCUCGAUGUGUUCAUCAAUGCGCAAGAAAAAACUCUAAAUGGUUUUCUGGAUACUUGCGCCAGCAAAAUACGUUCGGGCGAGGAGAAGCCGAACCGGGAGUCGUCAUCACACGCAGUGCCGUUCCCCUCUUCUGCCGACAUGUUCCUUCUGCUCAAGAAGGUUAUUACCGAGUCGAGUAAACUGAGCAGCGAGCCGGAUGCCCUGAUAAGGGAUGUGAUUGGAGUGGUCAGAGUGUGCCUCCGAGGGUACGCGACGUCCUGUCUCAUCGCAUUCCUCCCGUCUCUCGGAUCUCAUCAGUCGGGGGCCGCCAAUCUGUUCAGUCUGAUUCGGGAAGAGGUGGCCUAUCCGAGACUGACUCCCGAUCAGCAAUUCCUUGUGUGCUGCAUCCUGGCUACCGCUGAUUGGUGUGCAGAAACGUCUAUUCAACUGCAGGAGAAGCUUUCGCAACGUAUUCCUGGAGUGGACAUUUCCCAGGAAACGGAGGCGUUCUACUCUAUCACCAGUCAAUCUCUCUUGGUUUUGGUCCAGGAUGUAGAAUCUACGUGUGACGCGGCGCUUCAGUCAAUCAGCAAAGUCAAGUGAGAACUACAUGGUGUCAUUAAACUUCCAAAUGUUUAUAAUUUCAGUUGGAGUGCAGUUGACUGCGUUGGCGACGAAUCCCCGUUCAUCGGAGCGAUGCGAGCACACCUCCGGCAAGCCGUUCCUCUGAUCCGUGACAUGCUCUCCGAUCGUCGCAAGUACUUUGCUCACUUCUGUCUAAAACUCGCCACGCAGCUUGCUCAUAAGUUCGUGGGCGCGCUCUUCCGUUGCCGAGCAAUCAGUACGCACGGUGCCGAGCAGCUCCUCCUUGACACGCAUUCUCUGAAAACGUUCCUGCUCAGUGUUCCUUCCAUUGACAGUGUGAUCAAUUCGAAGCCACCAACUGCGUAUGUUACAAGUGUCAACGCGGCGUUGACAAAGGCUGAGAUGAUCCUGAAGGUAGUUUCGUGAAGGAAACGAAAGGUUAGAAUAACUGAUCAAUUCAGGUGGUCAUGUGCAGUUUGGAAACAGUGGACGAUUUCGUGGAGCAAUAUGCCAAGCUACUCCCAGUCUCAGACGCAGCUGAGAUGCAGAAAGUGCUCGAGAUGAAAGGAAUCAAACGGCAAGAACAUCCAAGCAUCCUUAUCUCUUACCGACUCAAAAUGGGCGUUUCCGCGUCGGACCCCAUUCCUCAAUCAACUAGUCUCACGUCCCGAAUCGGAGGAGCUCUCCCGACCGUCGGAAGUGCUGCGUCUGUGUCCGAAGCAUUCAACGCCGUCGUCUCGAUGGCAGCCGACGGACUUUCCGAUCAAGCGGUGACGUCAUCAAUUGAUAAAUUGAAAAGAUUUGAAAGACUAGUCAAACGCCAAUUAUGAUAUGCCAAAAAAAAAGAGUUGUAUCGAAGUAUUUAUUAACUUAUCGAAUUUUUCAUACUGAGAACCCUUGCAUAAAUAAAAGUUGUUAUACCGCAUUGAAUAUCUGAAUCUCUUUUUUAUCUGAAGACGGUUCGAGUUUCCUGACUUACUUUCUUGAGUUCUAACUAUCAUUUUAUGAAAAGUCAAAAACGUGGCCUCCUCCUAUUCUGCCAAACUUCAAGUUUUCUAUCACUUCACUGAUCAUUGCGUGAUCUAUAGUCCGAAGGUACCAAUCAAAAAGGUAGGCUAGGUGCUUUUGCUCGUUCUUUUCCUGAUUCUCUUCCCGGCUGCUGAUCUUGAAUCGUAACUUACACAUUGUGCUCAUCUGAAUCCCUUCUCUCAAAUCUUCAGAAUUCUGAAGUUCACUGAUCACAGUUCACGCAGUGUGCUCUAUUGUUCGUCUCUCUUUUGUUGCCUGCGUCUUCCGUUGUAUCUUUUCUCUCGCUCCCCAUCUUUCUCCUCCCCUUUGCUGACCCUUUCCUUUAUUUUCUGUUUCAUUUUCAAAAAACAUCCACUUUUACUAUUCUUCUAAUUUCAGAAGUUAAAAUGAUGCGCUUCUCGUCGAUGCUCGUCCGCAACGGAAAACUGUGCGUCAAUGUGAACCAGAUGCAAGCUGCUGCCUUCUCGAGCAAAGUUCCCGAGAUGAUCAAGGUGGAGAAGGUUGGAGCCAAGCAGAACGUGGCUCUUAUCAAACUGAACAGACCGAAGGCCAUGAACGCCCUAUGCGCGCAGCUGAUGACCGAGCUCUCCGAAGCUCUGAACACCCUCGAUUCGGACAAAUCCAUCGGAGCCAUUGUGAUCACUGGAAACGAGAGAGCUUUUGCCGCUGGAGCUGAUAUCAAGGAGAUGGUGAGUAAACGCUAUAUUGAAUCUCUCAAAUCUCCCUUUUUCAGACCAACAAUGAAUUCGCGGAGACGUUCUCCGGAAGCUUCCUUUCCAACUGGACCACCGUCAGCAAUGUGAAGAAACCAGUGAUUGCCGCCGUGAACGGAUACGCUCUCGGAGGAGGAAACGAGCUUGCUAUGAUGUGCGACAUCAUUUACGCCGGAGAGAAGGCCCGCUUCGGACAGCCCGAGAUCAACAUCGGAACGAUUCCAGGAGCUGGAGGCACUCAGCGCUGGGCUCGCGCCGCAGGAAAAUCCUUCGCCAUGGAAGUCUGUCUGACUGGAAACCACGUGACUGCUCAGGAGGCCAAAGAGCAUGGAAUCGUGAGCAAAGUGUUCCCAGUGGAUCAGGUGGUCGACGAGGCCGUAAAGCUCGGAGAGAAGAUCGCCGAUCAGUCGCCACUCAUCGUCCAGAUGGCCAAAGAAUCUGUGAACAAGGCGUACGAACUGACUCUUCAAGAGGGUCUCCACUUCGAGAGACGUCUCUUCCACGUCACCUUCGCCACCAAGGACAGAAAGGUAAAAGAGACGCAGAAGACGUGGUCGGAACAAUGAGAAGAGACUGUUGAUUUCAGGAGGGAAUGACUGCGUUCGCCGAGAAGAGAAAGCCGCAGUGGGAGUCGAAGUAG